CGUGACUUCAGUAAGUCCGCAUGCUGCAGAAAACUAGGUUGUUCGUGUUGAGUUGCUCAGUGCAUAUACCGUAAGAAAAUGGGAGAAGUCAAGACACUUUCUCCUUCGACGAAAUGGGCGCAGCGUAAAGACAAAAUCUUCCUAACGAUCGAACUAGCCGAUUGUCAAAACCCAGACAUAGUCCUCAAAUCCAAUACUUUACAAUUCAGUUCCAAGGGAGGAAACGAUCAAAAGACAUAUACAUUGAAUCUAGAAUUCUACGGCGAGGUUGACCCGGAGAAAUCAAAACAGCAUAUAACUGCAAGGGAACUCUUUUUUUCUCUCGCUAAAAAAGAGGAAGGUCCCUAUUGGCCAAAACUUCUCAAAGAUGAAAAGAAGCCAAGUUUUCUUCAUACUGAUUUUAACAAAUGGAGAGAUGAAGAUGACUCAGAGGAAGAAGAUAGAGGAAUGGAUGAUGAUUUCGAAGCUAUGAUGAGCAAGAUGGGUGGACCUGGUGCGGGAGCAGAGAGCUUUGAUCCAGGAGAUGCAGAUGUGUCAGAAGACAGUGAUGAUGAAGACCUACCAGACUUGGAGAGCUGAGAACAAUUUAGUUUGACUGUAUAGAGAAUUUAAAUAGUUCCUGUGGUGCUAACCUUUUCCACUUGUAGUGGCAUGUUCUCGUUUUAUGCUGGUGUGAUUUUGCUCCUCAGUAAGACAUGUGUCCACUGCUUUUACCAGUUGUUAAAAAUGCAGUCCAUGUCAUAAAUAAAUGUGUUGCUUGUUAUUAAAGAGUAGUGCAUUUGAUGGA